AUGAAGAUGGUGAUGGAAUUUCCUGAUAACGUGCUAAACCUUGAUGGACAUCAGAAUAACAGUGCACAAUUAAAACAGUUCAUUCAGAGACAUAGCAUGCUUAAACAGCAGGAUCUAAAUAUUGCAAUGAUGGUGACAUCGCGUGAAGUUUUGAGUGCACUUUCUCAGCUGGUCCCGUGUGUUGGCUGUCGUCGUAGUGUGGAACGUCUGUUUUCUCAGCUUGUUGAGUCUGGAAACCCAGCACUUGAGCCCCUAACAGUAGGGCCCAAUGGGGUUCUUUCUGUAACUCGAAGCUGUAUGACUGAUGCAAAGAAGCUUUACACGCUGUUUUAUGUGCACGGGUCCAAACUGAAUGAUAUGAUUGAUGCAAUUCCCAAAAGUAAGAAGAACAAGAGAUGUCAGUUACACUCCCUGGACACGCACAAACCAAAACCUUUGGGGGGUUGUUGGAUGGAUGUGUGGGAGCUCAUGUCCCAAGAAUGCAGGGAUGAAGUAGUUUUAAUUGACUCUAGUUGUCUUUUAAUAACAUUAGAAACCUAUCUACGAAAACACAG